GGGACUCGCUGGAGUCUAGGAGGAGUUGCGGCAAGGUCGGGGAAGCAUCCUUUGACUGUAAACGCCGAAAUCGACCAGCCACGGGAUCAAUUAACAUUAAAAACACAUUUCAAAGCUUUAAGACCGAGGAUUGACUCGGCUAUUUUACUUUCGUCGAGGAACAUCAGGUGGAACUGAAAGCAGACACCUUCCUCAUACAGAGGUUGUUGAGUGAGCUAGCAUUGUCCAUUUGUGUCCGCAUGUCUGGAGUCGUGUUGCCAGUUUCAACGAGGUAAAGCGGCAGUCGCCCUCAGAAUUUGAAGGCACGUUUCCUGUGAACGAGCAUUCAGGCGGUCUUUCACCACCAGGGAAGUGAACGGGAUUGUGCCUGCGACUUCUAUGUUCGGGACAUCUGGUACAGAGGCUGUAACAUCAGUUUAGUGUAGUUGUCGCGAUCGGACACGGGUUGAGUUUAACAUUGAGCUCGCUGUUGUUUUUAAAAUCCCACCCUCUGCUGAUUGGUAACGUUAAUAUUAGCCAUGUCAGACCCAGCGUCGCCGGCUGACUCUCCCGCCCUGGGGGAUCAUGCCCCGCCAGAAUCCGAGGGGCUGACCGUGGAUACUGGAUUGAAACCUGCUGGUCCAACACCAAGCCAAAGUCGGUUUCAAGUGGAUCUGGUGACAGAAGCAGCCAGCUUAGCGGCUGGAGGUGAUAAAACACCCGGCUCGGAUGCUUCUACAAAUGCAUCUGGCGAUAAAGCCGCUCCCGUCGCGGAGGAAGCAGCUAGCGGCGAGGAGGCGAAAGGCAGAUUUCGGGUAGUGAACUUUGUAGAUCCAAGCGGGGCUGAUAGCCCACCAGACGGUGUGCCCCCUGAGGGUUUCCAGAAUGGAGACACCGUCAUGAGUGAAACUAGCCUGCAUUCGUCCACCGGAGGCCAGCACCAAUAUCACUAUGACACUCACACCAACACCUAUUACCUGAGGACUUUUGGUCAUAACACCAUAGAUGCGGUUCCGAACAUAGACUUUUACCGGCAAACUGCAGCGCCCUUGGGCGAGAAGCUGAUCAGACCCACCCUAUCGGAGCUGCAUGACGAGUUGGACAAGGAGCCGUUUGAAGAUGGCUUCGCCAACGGAGAGGAGCUGACCCCGGCCGAGGAGGCGGCAGCCAAGGAGGCGUCCGACUCCAAGGGCGUGGUGAAGUUCGGAUGGAUCAAAGGCGUGUUGGUGCGAUGCAUGUUGAACAUUUGGGGGGUGAUGCUCUUCAUCCGCAUGACAUGGAUCGUGGGCCAGGCGGGAAUCGUGUACUCCUGCCUUAUUGUUGCCAUGGCUACCGUGGUGACCACCAUUACUGGCGUCUCAACAUCUGCGAUUGCGACGAACGGCUUUGUACGAGGAGGAGGGGCCUACUACUUGAUAUCAAGAAGUUUAGGUCCCGAAUUUGGAGGAUCCAUUGGCCUAAUCUUCGCCUUCGCCAACGCUGUGGCAGUAGCCAUGUAUGUUGUGGGCUUUGCUGAAACGGUGGUGGAGCUUCUCCAUUCCGUGGAUGCCGUCAUGCUAGACCAAACGAAUGAUGUUCGGAUCGUCGGAACUAUCACAGUCAUUCUCCUCCUGGGUAUCUCUGUCGCAGGGAUGGAGUGGGAGGCCAAGGCCCAGAUAUUCCUACUAUUCAUCUUGAUCUCUGCCAUUUUCAAUUACUUCAUCGGCUCCUUUAUCAAAGUAGAGUCGAAGAAAGCCUAUGGCUUCUUUGGUUACGACGGUACUAUCCUGUGGGAGAACCUGACUCCAGACUUCCGAGGGGAGACGUUUUUCUCUGUGUUUUCAAUCUUCUUCCCAGCUGCCACUGGCAUUCUUGCUGGUGCCAACAUCUCGGGAGAUCUUGCGGAUCCACAGCAGGCCAUCCCAAAGGGAACACUUCUUGCCAUUCUCAUUACUGGGAUCGUUUACAUGGGUGUGGCCAUCUCCACAGGCGCCUGCAUUUCUCGUGAUGCCCCCGGACCUACUGUCACACUUAACAUGACGACUGGAUUUGUCAACUGCACCGAUUUCUCCUGCAUGGACUUCUCCUAUUGCAAACCUGCAGAGGGAAAGAUCGAGUCCAUCUGCAAGUUUGGCCUUCACAAUGACAUGCAGGUCAUGAGCACGGUGUCUGGCUUCUCCCCACUCAUCACCGCAGGCAUCUUCUCAGCCACGCUCUCGUCAGCCUUGGCCUCGCUGGUCAGUGCCCCCAAAGUGUUCCAGGCUCUAUGCAAAGACAAUAUCUACCCAGGAAUCGGCUGGUUCGGCAAGGGCUUUGGCAAGAACAACGAGCCCCUGAGAGGCUACAUUCUCACCUUCUUCAUCGCCCUGGGCUUCAUUCUCAUUGCGCAGUUGAACGCAAUCGCUCCCAUCAUCUCGAACUUCUUCCUGGCCUCGUAUGCUCUGAUCAACUUCUCUGUGUUCCAUGCGUCCCUCGCCAACUCUCCAGGCUGGCGUCCCAGCUUCAAGUACUACAACAUGUGGGUGUCUCUGGCCGGGGCAGGCCUGUGCUGCGUGGUCAUGUUCGUCAUCAACUGGUGGGCUGCCCUGCUCACCAACGUCAUCGUAAUGUCCCUCUACAUCUAUGUCAGCUACAAGAAGCCUGAUGUCAACUGGGGAUCCUCCACCCAGGCGCUGACCUACCACCAGGCCCUGACCCACAGCCUGCAGCUCUGUGGAGUGGCCGACCACGUCAAGACCUACAGACCUCAGUGCCUGGUGAUGACUGGUGCCCCUAACGCUCGGCCAGCUCUGCUCAACCUGGUGCAUGCCUUCACCAAGAACGUGGGCCUGAUGGUCUGCGGACAUGUCCGUAUUAGCAACCGCAAGCCCAACUUCAAAGAGCUAAACAAUGACCUGGUGCGCUACCAGCGCUGGCUCCUCAACAACAACUCCAAAGCUUUCUACACACCUGUACUGGCUGAGGACCUGAGACAAGGCACACAGUAUCUGCUGCAGGCGGUUGGACUGGGUCGGCUCAAGCCCAACACCCUGGUGAUUGGCUUCAAGAACGACUGGAGGGAGGGAGACCUGAAGGAUGUGGAAACCUACGUCAACCUCAUCCACGAUGCCUUUGACUUGCAGUACGGCGCAGUCAUCCUGAGGCUGAAAGAAGGCCUGGACAUCUCCCAUAUUCAAGGACAAGACGAUACUUCAGUGAUGAAGGAUAUGGUAGUAUCCAUCGACAUGAGCAAAGACUCGGACGGCGACUCCUCCAAGCUCUCCUCCAAAGCCACCAGUGUUCAAAACAGCCCCGCCGUCCAGAAAGAUGAUGAUGAUGACGGCAAAGCCCCUACCCAGCCCCUGUUGAAAAAAGACAAGAAGAGCCCGACCAUGCCUCUGAACAUGGCUGAUCAGAAACUGCUGGAGGCAAGUCAGCAGUUCCAGAAGAAGCAGGGCAAAGGCACCGUGGAUGUGUGGUGGCUGUUCGACGAUGGUGGUCUCACCCUGCUCAUCCCAUACCUGCUGACCAAUAAGAAGAAGUGGAAGGACUGCAAAAUUCGUGUCUUCAUCGGCGGCAAGAUUAAUCGCAUCGACCACGACCGCAGAGCGAUGGCUACACUUCUCAGCAAGUUCAGGAUAGACUUCUCCGACAUCAACGUCCUCGGCGAUAUCAACACCAAGCCCAAGUCGGAGAAUGUGGCUGCCUUCGCCAAUCUGGUUGAGCCGUAUCGACUGAAGGAGGACGACAUGGAGCAGGAGGCGGCCGAGAAACUCAAGGCCGAGGAGCCCUGGAGGAUCACAGACAACGAGCUGGAGCUGUACAAGGCCAAGAGCAAUCGGCAGAUAAGGCUGAAUGAACUGCUGAAGGAGCACUCAAGCACAGCAAACCUCAUUGUCAUGAGCAUGCCCCUGGCUAGGAAAGGGGCCGUGUCCAGUGGUCUGUAUAUGGCCUGGCUGGAGACUCUGUCCAAGGACCUCCCUCCCAUGCUGCUGGUGCGUGGCAACCACCAGAGCGUCCUGACCUUCUACUCUUAAGAAGAAAGCACACACACACACACACACACACACACACACACUACUUCAGGCACGCACACACACCUCCACCCUACCCGCUGUCUUGACCCUUCACAGCUCCUCCUCAUCACUCACACACAUGCACACGCACACACACACACACACACACACAUACACUCACAAGACACUCAUGGGGAUGAAGACGAGCAGCCGGUGGGAUGAUGUAAUGGUGGGAACGACAUUAAUAAUGGUGGUGGUAGGAGAGCGUACCUCUG